AUGAUGCGUUACCUUCUCUACGUCCUGCCCCUGGUCAUCUUCCUCGCUGCGGGCGUCGCCUUCUGGUGGGCGCUGGACAGCGGACGCGAUCCCAGCAAGCUGCCCUCGGCGCUGAUCGACAAGCCGGCCCCGACCUUCGAGCUGCCGGCGAUCGCCGGGCUCGACACCCCCGGACUGGCCACCGGCGACCUGGCCACCGGCGAGGUGACGCUGGUCAACGUCUUCACCUACGUGAUCGACGGCGCGGGGCGCAUCCGCUACCGCCACGUCGGCCCGAUCAACCCGCCGGAGGUGGAGAGCAAGAUCCUGCCGGCCGUCGCGGAGCCGCUCGCGGCGCCGCCGGCCCUGGCGGUGAUGCCGGACGAGAUCAUGGAGGACCCGGCGCUGGAGGCCCGCGCCCGGGCGCUCUCGAAGGUGCUGCGCUGCGUGGUCUGCCAGAACGAGUCGAUCGACUCCUCCAACGCCGACAUCGCCCGGCAGAUGCGCCUGGUGGUGCGCGAGCGGCUGCUCGCCGGCGACAGCGACCAGGAGGUGCUCGACUACCUGCAGGCGCGCUACGGCGACUACGUGCUGAUGAAGCCGCCGGUCAAGCCGACCACCUACCUGCUGUGGUACGGACCGGCCGGCGUCCUGCUGCUCGGCGCCCUGGGCGUCGGCAUCUACCUGCUGCGCCGGCCCCGCAAACCGGCGGCGCCCCAGCCGCUGAGCGAGGCCGAGCGCCGCCGCCUGAAACGCCUGCUCGCGGCCUCGACCAGCGCCUACGACCUGCAGGUCUACAAGGACCAGCUCGCCGAGGUCGCGCGCGAGCUGCAGCGCGGCAACCUGACGCCCAGCGAGGCCCAGGCCGCCCAGGCCGAGAUCGAGCGGCGCAUGCUGCAGGUCGCCGAGACGCGGGCCGAGGACGCCCGCCGGGAGGCCAAGCCGGCCCGCGCCUUGGCCAUGCUGCUCACCGCGCUGCUGCCGCUCGGCGCGCUCGGCCUCUAUCUCUUCGUGCUCGGCUCGCCCGGCAUGCCCUCGAUCCCCUUCGCCGAGCGGCAGGAGGAGCGCCAGCAGCUCAACGAGCGCCAGCGGCUGAUCGCCGAGCUGGCCGAGCGCAUGCGCGCCGACCCGCGCGACCCGCGCGGCUGGGAGAUCCUGGCGCGCAACUACGCGGUGAUCGGCCGCUACGAGCAGGCCGCCGCCGCCUACGAGCAGGCCAUCGCGCGCGGCUUCGACCGGCCCGACCUGCGCGCCCAGCGGGCCGAGACGCUGAUCGCCGCCGCCGACGGGGUGGUCACCCCGGCCGCCCAGGAGGAGAUCGCCGCCGCGCUGGCGCAGGACCCGCAGGAGCCGCUGGCCCGCUACUACCGCGGCGUGAUGCACGAACAGGCCGGCGAGCCGCGCCAGGCGGUGGAGGCCUGGGCGGCGCUGCUGCGCGACCUGCCGCCGGACAUCACCGGCCGACAGCAGAUCCAGGCGCGGCUGAACCAGGUGGCGCGGGCCGCCAACAUCGAUCCCACCGGCUUCGACACCGCCUCCACGGCGCCGCCGGUCGGCGCCCCGCCGGCCGGACCGCUGGCCGGCGGCGAGGCGGCCCGGCCCGGCCCGACCCGCGAGCAGAUGCAGGCGGCCCAGGACAUGAGCCCGGAAGAGCGCCAGCAGAUGGUCGAGGGGAUGGUCGAGCGCCUCGCCGGGCGGCUGGAGGAGGAGCCGGAGGACCUGGAGGGCUGGCUGCGCCUGGCGCGCGCCUACGCCGUGCUCGGCCGCCGCGACGAGGCGGUCUCCGCCCUGGAGCAGGCCGAGUCGCUGACCCGCGACCUGCCCGCCGACGACCCGCGCCGCCAGGCGGUCGAGCAGGGCCUGACCUCCCUGCGCAGCGGCUCCUGA